AUGCAAAGGAUAAAAGGUUCGACCUUCUAUAUUGGAACUAGUUCUCAUGGGAAGAUCAAUGAAAAGCAUGGUUUUCUAAUUGUUGGAGUUAAAUAUAUGAUCCGUGUUAAGGAAAUCAAAUCUGACUUUCCAGGUUUCAAUCUUGUUAGUUCUAUGCUGGAAAAAUCUGCAGCAAGAAAGCUUGAGGAAAGGGUUGAUGAUGUGGAUGCUACGGUAGAAUCUGAUGUGGCUGCUGACAUGGUAGAUCAGUUGGAUGAUAUUAGCCUAAUCCUUAUAGCAGAUAGUGUUCGGUUUCCAGAGUUAAAAGAGACGUUUCAAAGACAGAAACAACUGGCUGUGACGGACUCCAAAGCGCAGCAGCAGCGGAGCUCUUUAGCUGGCAGUUUUGGGGCUUCAAGAGUGAUGGACUCACAGUUUCAUGUGGUUGCUGGACUUUCGGUUAAUGGACCUAAUAGUCCAAAGGACUUAAGCUUUGACUCUGAUAUAUUAUGUCCCCAUCUAGAGAUUUAA